CAGCCUUAGCGACACUCUGCAAGUUCCCUUUUUUGCUGUGAUUGAGACUUGUGUGUACUGUACUUAUUACAACUCUCCGUAAUCCACGUGCAUAGACCCAUCACAGGUUAAUACAGCGUAUUGCUACUUUGGGUUUUCGAGUUUGUUCUGUUGAUUCUUUUCAAAUCCCAGAUUUAUCCUCUUAUCAUUCUCUGAGCUAUUGUUCUGUUUACUACAGUUCUCAUCAUUUAUUAUGGGCUAUGGAACACUCCGGCAGGAUGAUUCGAGCCAGAAUACCACCCUCGCGUCGGCGCCAGAUCCUGAAGAUGGAAGUGAAGAAUUCGAAAUUCAUGCUCAGAGUAUAUCACUAUUAAAGACCUCAGUAGUCAUUGCAGGGUUAGCUGGGGUGUCAUUCGCGAACAGUAUGUCCACAGGACUACUGAUUGCAUCUCUGCCAGUAAUGACUGAAGACUUGCAGAUUCCAGACUAUCUUCUCAUCUGUCCAUAUUCGAUAUACUCGCUCACAACAUGCUGUUGUCUCCUCUUCGCCGGUUCUGUCGCAGAUCUCGUCGGCCCUCGCACAGUCAACCUCCUCGGGUCCCUUGUCACAAGCCUCUCGAUGCUCUCUUCAAGUCUAGCAAGCAAUGGCACACAGAUCAUUCUUUUCCGCGGUGUUCAAGGAGUAGGCGUCUCAAUGUGCCUUCCGACGGCUGUCAGUAUCAUGACUCACACUUUCCAUCGUGGUCGUUGCCGAACCUUUGGAUUUUCAUGCCUCGGUCUCGCUGUCCCCUUCGGAUUUUCUGUGGGUCUUGUAAUUGGAGGGAUAUUGACAACUGCCUCUGAACGGUGGCGGCUUGGAUGGUCGAUCUGCGCGGGGAUCGUGUUCAUACUCCUGCUAUUGAACAUAUGGACCUUGCCCUCAGAUGAGAAUUUGAAUGAUCUCACAUGGAAAAAAUUCAAAAGCGCUACUGAUUGGGUGGGAGUUUUGAUUGCGACCUUGUGUUUAGGGAGUCUCUCGUACCUCUGCGCGGUCCUGAAUGAAAGCUUCGAAAACAUCUAUAAAGUGCAAAACAUUCUCUUGUUGAUGUCCGCCAUAUUGUUAGUCCCAGCCUUCGUGAUCCGCAUGGCCUCUCAAGCGUGGAGAAAACGCCCAGUCCUGAUCCCAAACUCACUGUGGAGAAAGAAGUCCUUCGCCGGGAUAUGUAUGAUGGUCUUCCUAGCCUGGGCCGCGCUUUCAGGAGAGGAAGUCUUUCUGAGCUUAUUUUAUCAAGAAAUCCAAGAUCUCUCUCCAGCCCAAGCAUCUCUCCGAUUACUUCCCAAUAUAAUCCCCGGCAUCACGAUACCUCCUCUUGUCGGCCUCUUCGUACACCACAUCCGCGCACAUCACCUCCUCGUCUCAACCUCCGUAAUUUCAACCAUCCCCUGUUUCAUGAUGGCUGUCAUCGAUCCUACAUCGUCAUACUGGCUCUCUUCCUUCUGGGCCGUAUUCCUCGGACCCGUGUCCGUAGACGUAAUCUUCGUAAUCGCGCACCUGAUAAUAAUCGAUGCUUUUCCAGCCCAGACCCAUGCUUUGGCAGGAGCGGUAUUCAAUACCAUGACGCAGCUGGGACCACUGGUCGGGCUGAGUGUCACGGCGAUGUGUUCGCAUUAUGUGACUGCGAAUGCGGGGGGCGAUACGAAGCAGGGCUUGUUGAAGGGGUAUAGGGCCGCGUUUUGGGCUGCGGGUGUGAUGAUGGUCCUUACGUGUGGGGUUUCUUUGGUGGGAUUUGGGGGUGUUGGGAAGUUGGGGGGAGCGGUGGGGAAGGAGGAGGGUGGGGUGGUCGAGGAGGAUUAAGGGUAAAAGUACGAUUUGAUGCGGGGACGUCGGAUGUAGGGUGGAAGAUUGAUGGGAGUGGGAAUGCUAUUGUACGUUCGAAUCUGAAAGGGACAACACUGCAUUCAGCAGACCUGAGUU